AUGUCGAGCAUGCGAGCUGUCAACUACCAGGGACCCUUCCAGGUCAAGGUGGAGGAUGUGGAGAGACCAAAGUUAGAGCACCCCGACGAUGUCAUUGUCAAGGUGACGACUGGCCGCACAGCUGCUCAAGCCGGCAUCACCUUUGGUCACGAGAACAUGGGCAUUGUCGACGAACUCGGAGAGGGCGUGACCCUGCUGAACAAGGGUGACCGAGUCGUCAUGCCGUUCAACGUUGCUGACGGCCGAUGCCGCAAUUGCGAAAGUGGAAAGACUGCCUUUUGCACAGGCGUCAAUCCUGGAUUUGCCGGAGGAGCAUACGGCUACGUCGCCAUGGGCCCUUAUCGAGGAGGCCAGGCUCAGUACAUCCGCGUCCCCUAUGCGGAUUUUAAUGCUCUGAAGCUUCCCGCCGGCAAAGAGCACGAGGCAGACUUUAUUCUGUUGGCGGACAUAUUUCCUACCGGCUGGCAUGGCGUCGAAAUUUCCGGGUUCCAGGCCGGAGAAAGCAUCGCCGUCUUUGGCGCAGGGCCCGUAGGUCUCAUGGCGGCCUACAGCGCCGUCCUCCGAGGCGCGUCCCGCGUGUACGUGGUCGAUAGGGUUCCCGAGAGGUUGCAAACGGCCGAGAAAAUUGGCUGCAUAGCCAUCGACUUUUCCAAGGGUGAUGCCGUGGACCAGAUCAUCAAGGCCAAUGACGGCAUGGUCGACCGAUCCGUCGACGCCGUCGGGUACCAGGCCGUCACCACGAGUGGUGACAAGGAGCAGCCUAACAUUGUGUUGGAAAACAUGAUCAAGGUCACGCGCGCCUGCGGUGGUCUGGGUAUUCCAGGACUAUAUGUUCCCAGUGACCCUGGAGCCCCUGACGAGAGCUCGUCGAAGGGGAUGAUCAGUCUAAGCUUUGGCAAGCUGUUUGAGAAGGGUCUGUCCCUCAAGACAGGACAGUGCAACGUCAAAGCGUACAACAGGCAGCUGCGCGACCUCAUCAUCUCCGGCAGAGCCAAGCCGAGCUUUGUCGUGUCCCACGAGAUCGGCCUUGAGGACGCAGAGGUCGCCUAUGAGAAGUUUGACAAGAGGAUCGAUGGAUACACCAAGGUCCUGAUCCACCCCAACGGGACCAUGACUAUUGGUCCCGACGCCGACAAGGGCGCCCGCAUCACCGACCUCGAGCAGUACAAAAAGUGCCUGGACUACCUAUCGGCCAAGGGAUACAAGGAGCUCGACACGGCGGCGGUGUACGUCGGCGGGAAGCAGGAGGAAUGGACCAAGGACGCCGGUUUCAAGGAGCGAGGCUUCAGUAUCGCCUCCAAAAUCAUGCCUGUGACGCCCGGAGAUCACGCCCCCGACAAGAUCGUCCCAGCGUGGGACGCGAGUCUGAAGAAACUGGGCUUGGACGGCACCGACAUCUUCUAUCUGCACGCGCCUGAUCGAGCCACCAGUUUUGAGAAGACGCUCGAAGUCGUGGACCAGAUGUACAAGGAUGGCAAGUUCAAGAGACUGGGCCUGAGCAACUAUGCCUCGUGGGAGGUGGCUGAGAUUGUUGGCAUUUGCGAGAGGAGGGACUUUGUGCAGCCUACUGUGUACCAGGGCAUGUACAACGCCAUCACCCGCGCCCUCGAGUCAGAGCUUGAGCCGUGUCUACGCAAGUUUGGCAUCUCGCUCGUCAUCUACAACCCAUUGGCUGCCGGGCUCUUCUCGGGCAAGUACACCAGCCUUGACAAGCCGACAGAGGGUCGUUUCAGUGACAAAGCUUCGGCCAUGGGCAAGAUGUACACGGAGAGAUACUUUAAGCAGUCGACUAUGGACGCCCUGGCCAUCGUGGAGCCCGUCGCCAGGAAGCACGACAUUCCCCUCAUAGAGGUUGGACUCCGGUGGUGCAUCCACCACAGCAAGCUGCAAACACCCGCGAAAGGUGGUAACGAUGGCGUGAUCUUGGGCAUCAGCUCAUACGCGCAGCUGGAGCAGAACAUUGAUGCGUGCGAGAAGGGACCGUUGCCGGAUGAGGUGGUUGAGUCGCUGGACAAGGCCUGGGAAAGGACUCGUGGUGACGCUCCUACAUACUGGCGGUGA